UUUGACAGACUCAGGAUUUAAACUCAGUGAAGCCACGUUCACUUUUUAUUCUCCGGCUUCUUUAAAACCAACUUUGUCACUUUUCCACUUUAAAGCAGCAGCUCAGAUGAAGUUUCCCCACGUGUGGCUGCAGAGGGCGCUGCUGUUCCGUCAGAAGUGAAUCGUGCUGCUUUAAUAUUUCUGUUGGUUUGUUUUCAUUCUGUUGAAACGUGACUCUAAUGAAGCUUUGUCUCGUUGCCAUGGUGACCUGGGUCUCUGCAGGACUACAUGAUGCAGCAGACGAUGCUGAGGGUCAAAGAUCCCGUGAGAUCUCUGGACUUCUACACUCGGAUCCUGGGCCUGACGUUUUUGCAGAAAAUCGACUUCCCCUCGAUGCGCUUCACUCUCUACUUCCUGGGUUACGAGGACAAGCAGGACAUCCCUGCUGACAUCAGAGAGAGGACAGCGUGGACCUUCUCUCGCCGAGGCACCAUCGAGCUCACGCAUAACUGGGGAUCAGAGACGGAUAAAAAACUGUCGUAUCACAACGGGAACAACCAACCACGAGGAUUUGGUCACAUCGGUAUCUGUGUCCCUGACGUCUCUGCCGCCUGUCAAUUGUUUGAGGAUCAGGGUGUAACGUUUGUCAAGAAACCACAGUCGGGUAAAGUCAAGGACUUGGCCUUUAUUCAGGAUCCUGACGGAUACUGGAUCGAGAUCUUUAGUGCGAGGAACAUGGUCGACUUGAUGUCCCCGUCACCGUGAGGACGAGACACACGAGAACGACUCAGGACAUUUAUUCACUUUUCAAACUCAUGAAAUCCAUAAAAACCUCAUCAUUACUAAA